CAAAAUAAGGUAUUUAGGAUAAAAAAGUGCAGUCUGAUUGCUUUCUCCCUUUUUGCAAGAUGAUAUUUAGGUAAAUUCAUUACUGAGUAAUAUUUAGGCAUGCAUAAGAAGGAAUUGCUACAGUUCAAUUUUGUAAACGGAAGAUGCUUGGCAAAUCUUCGCUGACAAGCUUAUUUUUUAAAAUACAAUCGUGAAACUCGUUCGUCCGGUUUAGUAAAAGAUCUUUAGUAAAAGACAGUCCGCGACUCUCGACUUCCUGAACAUCAGAGCUUCGCUACAAAAUCUCGUCCCAGUUUCGAAACUUCUCUCAAUAGGCUUUUACUAUGAAAUAAUAAACCAUAUUACGUAUAUUUCUGUAAACGAGGAUUGUACAUUAACAAGUUGACUCUUCAUUUAUCUGCCCGCAACAAUUUUAGUGAAAUCGUUCGAGUGAAAGUAGAACGUUUCUAUAUGCAGAAGAAACCGUUAUUUGCACACGAGAAAAGUUGGAAAUAUUGCGUCAUAUUGAAUGGUGAAAAAGAAGGUCAUAGUCGUUGCGACUUGAAAGAAAGUAUCGUGAGCCGAGCAUUUGGUUCAACGCAUAUUUCUUUCCAAAUUCCAUUGAUACCUAUCAUUUGACGUAUUUAACACAUUCUACUGUUCUAAGAUGAACUGAGAAUUAUUAAAGUAAUUCGCUUUGCUAUCAAAACGUACCAACCGCAAGUAGAGCGACAAUUAUGAAUAACUAUAUGUUCCAUUUAAUCCUUAUUUAAUAAAUAAUAAUUCAUACAACAGAUAUAAAUUCAGUGAGAUAGGAAGUAAACUGGUUGUCGCGUGCUCGCUAGCGGAAAAUCGAUUGCGCAAAAGGAUGGUACUUUUGCUAUAAUAGUAAGGUGGAAAAUAUUCAUCCAACCAUUUGUACUGCGCUUUAGUUUUCCGUUGUAGGUAGAAUAGAGAAGAUUAAAUAGAAAAUCGCGUUAGUAACCUAAGAGAAGAAGGGGAGUAACGUACAAAUAUAGGAGAACGAGGAAAAGGAAAAUAGCUAAUAGCCUCCAUCGGAUGUGACCAAGAUUCGAAGAAAACAAAUGAAAGAUGCAACUCGCGUUAGUGAUACGCUUCGUCUUUUUAAUGUUUCUUGUUCUUUGGAUCGUCGAAGUUAAUCAUGCUGCAGGAUUCCCUGGAAGGAGUCGAGCGAUGGUGCGGCGAAUAAGAGUUGGUCUUGAACAUUUGAAAGCGAAAAUUUGCUUUGAAUCAGUUGGCUGCUUUGCGGAUCCACCGCCCCGUUUGACGUUGAAAAGACCGCCGGAGCAUCCUAGCAUAAUUCAAACGAGAUUUUUAUUGUACACUCGCUCCAGACGAGAAUCCCCUAAAAGCCUUCAAUAUGGUGAUGAUUUGAAAUCCAUUCUUCAAUCAGAAUUUGAUUUGACGAAAUCUCUGAAGGUUGUAAUACACGGCUAUAAAGGAAGCGGUAGCGAUAUUGGUGCGGUUCUUUUGGUGCAAGCUCUUCUGGACUUGGAAGACACGAACAUCUUAGUGCUUGAUUGGACAAGAGGAGCAGCAACGACCUACUCGGCAGCAGUGGCGAACACGGAACUCGUAGGACGGCAAUUAGGUCUAGUCCUUUUAGACGCUGUUAAUUUGGGUACUCUUGCUGAAAACAUUCACGUGAUUGGCUUUAGUCUCGGAGCUCAUGUGGCUGGCUGUGCCUCAGAGAUCCUCAAGAAGAAAAGUAUUCUUCUAGGUCGUAUAACAGGCCUAGAUCCUGCGUCACCCUUUUUCAGAAAUCAUUUGGUUAGAGAGAAGUCCAGGAAAUUAGAUGCUACCGAUGCUCGGUUAGUAGAUGUGAUUCAUACGGAUGGAUCCCAGGACUUUGCAGAUGGAUUUGGUCUUUUAAAGCCACUUGGUCACAUCGAUUUCUUUCCGAACGGCGGUAGAGAGCAGCCAGGUUGCAAGGAUGUGAAGAAUUCUGUUGUUGUUAGCCAUUUGAAAGAGGAUAUGUUAACGAAAGAGAUCGCUUGUAGUCAUUUAAGAGCUUGGACAUAUUUUUUGGAAAGCAUACGUACAACGAAUGAAUCUUGUAAAUUUAUUGCUUGGCCUUGUCCCCAAGGAACGAUCUCGUAUACGAAUGGAAUGUGUUUUCCUAUGGAAUCUACGCUAUGGUCCCAAGAAAUGGGCUACCGAGCUAAUCGCGGUCCUUUAGGAAUUUAUUACUUACCCACGAGAGAUCAAGAACCAUUUUGUGGCCAGCCUUUGAGAGCAUCGGUGACAAUUUCAGAAACGGUGACAAAGACAUCGGGAAUGUUAUUCUUAAAGAUUGUGGAACGUGAUUCAACAAUAAAUUUCAAGUUUCGAUGCACGAUACCUACUCGAAGAAAUAAAUCGACGACAUUCUACGAUAUUGGUGCAGCAGAAUUUCAAUUUUUGUCGAAAAACCGAUCAACGAUAGAAGCACGUAUUUGGUACGAAAAAGAUAAGAAUGAAAAAAACGAAGAUGCGACUAUAAUUUCUAACUCGGAUAUGUUGUUAAUAGACACUCUUACUCUUGAGGAUAGAAAAGGCAACAAAUGGAAAUAUUGUACUCGAAAUACUGCCCUAAAUUUCGAAGAAAAUUUGAUAAUACUUCGUCAAGAACAGUGCGCCUUUUUAUAAGAAUAAACUCAUUUAUGUAGAAAAGACAAGUUAUUUUAAUAAAAUAUUUAUUACAUGCAAAAUACUAAAAAAAAAUAAAAAAAGAUUCGAAUAAAAAAAUACUUGUUAAUUCAACAAUUUUCUAAUAAUAAAUUUUAUCAUCAAUUUCUAUAAUGUAUCAGGAUUCAUUUUUUAUAUAACCCAUUAAUUAAUUAAAUCAUUUCCGGAAAAAGAAGAAACGAGUAUUUGAAAUAGCCUUAUAAAGUCAGGUGCGAUAACAUACAACGGAAACAUAACCUAUUCAUGACUUUAAACCGAUCAAAUUAAUUGUAUGCAACAAAGAACAAUGUCUUGUUUGAAAAAUCUUCUUCUUUUAAGAUGUUCGAAUCAAGCUUUUAGAAGUACAAUUGCAUUUCGACAUUCACUAAAUUUUGGGCAAUGUUAUCCACAAGUUAGAACCAUAAAUAUUUUUACACCUUUACAUAAAUCUAAUGAAAUACACUCAUUAUCAAG